AUGGAGGGGGCAGAACAGGUGGGCGAGAGCGUUGCUGUGGAUACGGCUGACGAGUCCAAGAGAAUAUCGCUUCAGAUCACGUCCAUGUCCACGCAGUUGAUGGAAAGUAUCCAGAAUCAGUCGCUUUUGGAGGAAAAAUUAAACCGUGCUAAUAAGGCAGCUGCUGCGCUGAAGGAGCAAACGGUCCACUACGACGAACUGAAGGGACGGGUUGCUAAAUUGGAGGCCUCUCUGACGAAUAGGGAUGAGGAGAUGGCAGCUUUGAAGAGCGCUCUUGCUGAGGAGAAGAGCAAAAGGGCUGCGUCGGACAAGAGUGUGGAGGAGUUACAGAGUGAGGUAGAGGAUCUCACGGCUUCGCUCUUUUCAGAGGCGAACAAUAUGGUUGCAGACGCACGUAAGGAGAAACACACUACUGAAAUUUUGAACAGGAAGCUGUUAGAAGCUGUUAAUGAAAAGGAUAAUGCGUUGGAGACGAUGAAGAUUCAAUUGAAGCACUUGAGGAAAAUGUUGGAGAAGGUGGACGUUGGUUCACCUUCGGCAACCGGGAGAUCCUCCAUGACGAGUGCAGACACUGAUACCAAUUCUUUGAAGGGGAUCGUCACCAGAAGCUCUAAUCAGUCGCAGAGUGAUACAGCACCCUUGGUCGUCUACUCACCAAGUGUUGGCUCGGUACGAUACGAUUUGAGCCUAUACAGCGAGUUUUUGAAGUUCUUGGUUUCGCUCCCACGUUGUACGCAAAUACGCGACACUGAAUCGGAAUCUAAACUGGUUAGACGACUGAUCAACGAUGAAAUAGCUCCCAUUCUCAGAAUAGAUAGUGCACCUGGUAUCGGGUGGAUGGCCAAGAAAUCGUUGAUGAACGUGAUGUUGGAGGGCAUGGUUAUCAUCGAGCCCAACAGCGGUGUCAACGAGAAUUAUCAACAUGGACAUUCGUCCCCAUCAAUAAGUCAGCAUUCGUUGGGCAAAUCACAGCCGCAUCUCUUCAGUUAUCCAGCGGACUCUCCGCCAAUUGCUUCGUUUGAAUCUUGUGCGCUCUGUGGCGAAUCCAGAAGCGAUAUCUACGAGCACGAGAGGCUGCAUAAAAUGAAAAUUCAGCAGAAAAGAGACGACGGUACUCUCGAGGUGGUUAACCUUUACCCAUUGUGUCUAUGGUGUUUAUUGCGGGUGAGGCAAACUUGUGAGAUAUUCUCUUUUCUCAGAUCCUUGAAGACUGGUGUCUGGGGGUUGGAAACGAUCAAGACCAGAGGCUCGCCGACGUCUGCCAAGUCAAAGAAAUUUGAUUUGAAUAAUGCUCCAAUACGUCGGAAUAAAACUAAAAACUCUGCUAACAGGACCAAGAGAAUGAGUUGGAUGGCCGGAUUAGGCUUAAACACUCCAACGAGUAGUUCUUCCGCACCCAAUGAUGUGUCUUUAAUGGAACCUUCAACAACAUUUACGGACAAAAAUGGCCUACCGAACACGAAUAUUAAAAGGGCAUGGCUACAGCUUUGCAAACUGAGAUCUAUUCUACAUUGGGCCCAUAUUGGUAUUUGGUCUGUCAGUGAUGCAUUGGACCUCAAGAUUGGUCCAAUAACCACGGACCCGGACGAUGCUGAAGAUGAUUACAGUCAAAGUUCUUUCAUGAAUUUAAAUUUGAAUUCAAACAACGACAGCAGUGAGGGACAACCUCGCAAUUCUAUACCGCCAACUGCCCAAAGUCUCGUCAUAGCAGAGGAAAGUGGGAAGCUAGCUGAGGAAUCUGCCGUGAAUUCUGUCAACUCUCCAGCAGUUAAGGAGGAAAGAGCAAAUGAAGAGCUAGAAUUAGAUGCAAAACCGGGAGAUGGACAAUUAGAAACUACUAAAACAAACGAAAGUGAUGAUGUUAUUGGAAGUUAUGCGGAAGAAGUACAAUCACCUGUUGAUGAAGCCCAUCCGGACUCGUCGACUAGCAAUGACAAUUUCGACGACGCGAAGGAGAAUAUUUAG